UCGCAGUCGCAGAGAACGUCACUACGCGAUUGGUUGUUGGCAUCCAGUUGAUUGGUCUAGGUCUAGCCAUGGAAAUUGUCAGAGUGAUUAAGUUGCUGUCAUAAGUUCUGUUUAUUAUUAUUAUUUAUAAUAAUUAUUGAAGCGUCAUGGUGACCAGUACAUCUGAUUGGUCGAGUACAUAUUGAGUGCAGGUGUACUGAAGGCUUGAUAUUUAUUUAUGACUCAAGUGUUGGUCUUUUUUCGAGUUGAGUGCUAGUGUCCUUAUCAUCAUAUCAUCAUCAUAACACUGGGACGGGACUGGAAAUUGGGAUUGUCGUUAAAACUUAAUUGUGCAACCACGUCGAAACGGUACGUCAUCAUCACCAUCUUUUGAAUAAUUAUUGUUAAUUUAAUUUAACCGAUGAACUGCUGUGCAGUUCGUGGUUUCAUUGAAGUACAAUGGAUCAAAUGAUUGCACUGAGCACUCAAAAUCCACUGUCAUUGCUAAUGAAAUUCGGAAUGAUGGCUUGGAAUAGUACUUGCAAUGAUAAUUGUUCUGGCCAUGGAGAGUGUCAUAACGGUACUUGUUUAUGUGAGAUCCAAUUUGACGGGAGCGAUUGCCAUGUCCCGAACUCGAGUUACUACAUCGCAUUUGCUACAAUAUUUUUUAUACUUGCGUUUGUUUGUUUAACGCAACUGGUAAUGUGCAUCGUUGCUGAGUGGCAAAAAAUGAAAGCUCCCUCAUUUUUACGGGCUUGCAGAGUAACAACGCAAAAAGUACUUUAUUUUAUUGUAUUUCUUGCCACUGCUGUUCGCGGCGCUUAUUUUACCUGUCCUGCUGCAUUUAAAGAGGGCUGGUCAAGAACACUGUCAUCAACUUACUACCCGCUAUUAUUAAGUGGAUCAUCUCUGAUUGUUUGUUUCUGGGCCGAAGUAUUCCAUGUUCCCGAUAUCCGUACCGACAAACCGCGAUUUUUAUCAAAAUCUUUCUUGGCAUUCGUUGUAUUCAAUAUAAUAAACUAUUCAUUACUUCUCGCGGAGUUUAUUACCUCACAAUGGAAAUCGGAAGUGGAUCAGAGCUUUUAUACAAACGUAUUCAACGGUUGCUACGCCGUAUUACUAUUCAUUGUCGUUGUCUUCUUUUUAAUUUACGGCGUCGAAGUUUUUUUCAAGAUUCGUGGCGGGUUCAUAACAAAAUAUACCAAAGUGUCAAUAGCAACGAACGUCCGUACUCCGGGUGAUGAUAAAAAUAGCGAAGAACCGAUAACAGCUAAAUUAUUUGAACCGACAGCAUCAACAUCAUUGGAGCCUAUCAACGUAUCGCAACAUGUCAAUACUUCGCAAUUGAACCAGUCACGUCUUGGAAUGGUGUCACAGGCAUUUAUGUUAUUUGUCAUUGUCGCAUUUUUAUUCAGCGAGACAUUGAGCGAAUUCUGGAAGACUAAGGUCCCAUUAGUGAGCCGUAAUUACCACGCUGUUGUCUUUCGUGUAAUAGAAGUAGGCGUAUCACUUUGGUUCCCUUGUGUACUUUGGAAUUGUAUGAGCCCGGAGCGUCUGUGGAUACUGAACCCAAAGAGAAUAUUGAAACAUUUCGACAUAGAGCCGUCUAAGUAUCCCAGAGAAGCUGAGCUCCAGGAAAAACGAUGCUCAGUUGAUUCAAAAUUAUUGAAUGAGAGUGGAUCUAUUAGUACUAGAGACUGCUGGAUUUGCUAUGACAGCGAGACACAGGAUGCUGGUCCAUUGAUUCAGCCGUGUCAGUGUAGAGGGGAUGUUAGUACCGUUCAUCAUGACUGCCUGCGUCGAUGGCUUGUUGAGAGCUCAAUGAAUGCAGAUAGUUUAACGUGCAAAGUCUGCGGUAGCAAGUACAAUGUCGAACGUGCCACCAAACUGGAUUGGCAAAAUAGCAUGACACCGCGUCGCUGGAUUAAAACGAUUGCUGCGGUGACAGCAAUGUGCGGAACAUUUGCUGCCGCUUGGAUACUUAUUCAAUUUGUUGAGAGCCCAAUCAUACGCAUGCUAGCUGCUGGUGCCACUUUAUUGGUAGCGUAUGUUGGGAUAAGAUUUCUGAGUCUCAAUACAGUGGUCGCUUAUCAACGUGCUAAGAUAUCAGCACUUAAUAUCGUGAGUUCUGAUAACGGUAAUUAUAAAACAGAGCCGGUAAAUACCGUCAGCAAUACAGUAGCAUUAAAUUUGCCAAAAAUAGAUCCUGCUACAGUGUAAUUAAUAACCACAAGCACGUGAGCCCUUCUCCUGAUUGGUACAAACGUGUAAAAAAAAUACACAGAAAAAAAAAAAUUUUAACAAAUUAACAAAAGCAAAAGCAAAUAAACAAAAAUUUUUACUAUUUAAAGGGACGAGCAAUUUAUUCUUAAUACUUACUUGCGAUUGGAUAAUUUCAUUAAAUCGAUCGAUAAAAAAAAAGCUAAAAUUAAUUUUAUUUUCUUUACUUUAUAAUUAUUGAUUUAUAAACAAUUAGUUUUAUCUUUACUUUUAUUACAAGGACUUGUCUUUAUUUUCUUUACAUGCGAUCGACCUAAUUUUUUUUUUCUUUUAAAGAAUGACGAGUAAUACAAUGAAGUUAAAAUUUAAAUUGAAGUUUAACUUUAAAACUAAAUUUAAAUUGUAAUCAGUACAAUAAGAUAAGAAUAAACAUAAUAUAUAUGUCAUGAUAGCCGUAGAAUUAAAUAGGAAAGUAAUACCGAUUAUCUUCCAACUAUUUAAUGUAUUUUUUAUUAUUAUUAAUUGUUUAAUAACUGAUUAAUUAUCUUAUUACGUACCAUGUAUACCUGACUGUUGAACUUAUAAUUUAAUAAUCCAAGUUAAUAGUUUUUAAAAUAGUUAAUCAAACGAAUAAAUAGAGUUAAAUGAAACGAAAGGAAGAUAGAAUAUGUAGAUCAUAAAUUGUCGAUUUAAAGUUGUCAAAACCAUAAUAAUUAAUGCAAUGACCAUUCGAUUUGCAGUAUUAAUUAUGAGGGCGCCAAUUUUUUUUUUAAUUUAUAAUUUAUAAGAGGCAUUGAUUCGAUGGACAUGAUAUUUAAUUAUAGAUAUAGGAUAUAGAUUUAAGGUGUAAAGUCAUAAUUGUCUAGUGUUAAAUUUAAAUGGUUAAAAAAUAUUAUAGUGACUUAUAUAUUUUGUUAUUAUUAUAAAUUUAUGAUUAAGUUUUAUAUAUCUGAUAGUUUGUUUAAAAAUUUAAUUAUUAUUCAAUUAAAAUAUUUUAUUAAUAAAAUUCAA